CGUGGAGGGGAGGGGGAGGAGGUCUGUGAGGAUGUCCUCCCGGCCAUGAUUGAUGGCUUCUGCCGCCACUAGCAGAACUCCCAGCCUCGGGCAGGGGUAGAGACCAAUGUGAUUGACUGAAGGGGAGGGAUGGGCUCGGCGCCGUGCCCCCUCUCCUGGGCAGUCACUCGGCUCUCACUUGGUUACAUUGUAGCGCUGGGUCCACGCUCGGAUCUGCUGCUGCUGCCGCCUGGUUCUGUACAGGGGGAGAAGCCCAGGAGAACUACAAGUCCAAGUAUCGCAGACUAGUACCAGCAGCUAGGGAUGGAUCAUUAUGACUCCCCGCACAAUGACUAUAUGCAUCCGGAGGACGACUGGGACAGGGACCUCCUAUUAGAUCCAGCCUGGGAAAAGCAGCAGAGGAAGACCUUUACAGCAUGGUGUAAUUCACAUCUCCGGAAGGCUGGGACACAGAUUGAAAAUAUAGACGAAGACUUCCGAGACGGCCUCAAACUAAUGUUAUUGCUCGAAGUAAUUUCAGGGGAACGUUUACCUAAACCUGAACGAGGCAAAAUGCGAGUGCACAAGAUCUCCAAUGUCAACAAAGCUCUGGACUUUAUUGCCAGUAAAGGGGUGAAACUGGUGUCCAUAGGUGCAGAAGAAAUUGUCGACGGCAACGCUAAAAUGACCCUUGGAAUGAUUUGGACCAUUAUCCUCCGUUUUGCUAUUCAAGACAUUUCCGUUGAAGAAACCUCAGCCAAAGAAGGACUACUACUUUGGUGUCAGAGAAAAACUGCACCCUAUAAGAAUGUGAAUAUACAAAAUUUCCACAUCAGCUGGAAAGAUGGUCUUGGCUUCUGUGCUCUUAUCCAUAGGCAUCGGCCAGAGCUUAUCGAUUACGGGAAAUUACGAAAGGAUGAUCCCUAUACAAAUCUGAACACUGCAUUUGAUGUUGCAGAGAGGUUCCUUGACAUUCCAAAGAUGUUGGAUGCUGAAGAUAUUAUAGGGACGCUAAGGCCGGAUAUGAAGGCUUUAAUGACUUAUGUGUCAUGUUAUUACCACGCCUUCUCAGGUGCCCAGAAGGCGGAGACUGCAGCCAAUCGUAUUUGUAAAGUGCUAGCUGUCAAUCAAGAAAAUGAACAGCUAAUGGAAGACUAUGAAAGACUAGCAAGUGAUCUGUUAGAAUGGAUACGAAGGACCAUUCCUUGGCUGGAGAACCGUGCACCUGAAAAUACCAUGCAAGCCAUGCAACAAAAACUUGAAGACUUUAGAGAUUACAGACGUCUUCACAAGCCCCCCAAGGUCCAAGAAAAGUGCCAGUUGGAGAUCAACUUUAACACACUUCAAACUAAGCUUAGGCUCAGCAAUAGGCCAGCAUUUAUGCCUUCCGAGGGGAAGAUGGUCUCCGAUAUAAACAAUGCAUGGGGUGGUUUGGAACAAGCGGAGAAGGGCUAUGAGGAAUGGUUGCUGAAUGAGAUCCGGAGGUUGGAAAGACUAGACCACUUGGCUGAAAAGUUUCGCCAAAAGGCUUCUAUUCAUGAAGCCUGGACUGAUGGAAAGGAAAACAUGCUGCAGAAGAGAGAUUAUGAAACGGCAAGUCUGUCAGAAAUCAAGGCUUUGCUGAAGAAGCAUGAGGCCUUUGAAAGUGAUUUGGCAGCGCACCAGGACCGAGUAGAGCAGAUAGCAGCCAUUGCCCAAGAACUUAAUGAGCUGGAUUACUAUGACUCUCCAAGUGUGAAUGCUAGGUGCCAAAAAAUAUGUGACCAGUGGGAUAACCUUGGAGCACUCACCCAGAAACGUAGAGAGGCUUUGGAGAGAACAGAAAAGUUGUUGGAAACCAUUGAUCAGCUUUACCUGGAAUAUGCCAAAAGAGCUGCUCCAUUUAACAACUGGAUGGAAGGAGCCAUGGAAGAUUUGCAGGAUACCUUCAUUGUUCAUACCAUUGAGGAGAUCCAGGGACUGAGCACGGCACAUGAACAGUUCAAAGCGACACUUCCAGAAGCUGAUAAGGAACGACAAGCAAUCCUUGGAAUACAUAAUGAGGUUUCGAAGAUAGCUCAGACUUACCAUGUCAACAUGGCUGGAACCAACCCUUACUCCACUAUCUCACCACAAGAAAUUAAUAGCAAGUGGGACCAUGUAAGACAGUUGGUUCCCCGUAGAGAUCAAGCAUUGAUGGAGGAGCAUGCACGGCAGCAGCAGAACGAGAGGCUGCGGAAGCAGUUUGGAGCACAGGCCAAUGUCAUUGGUCCAUGGAUACAAACAAAGAUGCAGGAGAUUGGGCGUAUUUCUAUAGAAAUGCACGGCACACUAGAAGAUCAGCUUAAUCAUUUGCGACAGUAUGAGAAGAGCAUUGUAAACUACAAACCAAAGAUUGACCAGUUAGAAGGAGAUCACCAGCAGAUACAGGAGGCGCUUAUAUUUGAUAAUAAACACACCAACUACACCAUGGAGCACAUCCGUGUGGGAUGGGAACAACUCCUCACCACUAUUGCCAGAACUAUCAAUGAGGUAGAAAACCAGAUCCUCACACGAGAUGCCAAAGGCAUUAGCCAGGAGCAGAUGAAUGAAUUCAGGAACUCCUUCAACCACUUUGACAGGGACCACACCGGCACACUUGGCCCUGAAGAAUUUAAGGCCUGCCUCAUCAGCUUGGGUUACGAUAUUGGAAACGAUCCGCAGAAGAAGACUGGUAUGCUGGAUAGUGAUGAUUUCCGAGCCUGUCUUAUCUCCAUGGGAUACAACAUGGGUGAAGCAGAAUUUGCCCGCAUUAUGGGAAUUGUAGAUCCCAACAGGCUAGGAGUGGUGACAUUUCAAGCCUUCAUUGACUUCAUGUCUCGUGAAACCACAGAUACAGACACUGCUGAUCAAGUUAUGGCUUCAUUUAAGGUCCUUGCUGGUGAUAAGAACUACAUUACUGCUGAUGAGCUGCGCCGAGAACUUCCUCCAGACCAAGCAGAGUAUUGCAUCGCCAGGAUGGCACCUUACAUGGGACAUGAUGCUGUCCCAGGAGCUCUGGACUAUAUGUCAUUCUCUACAGCGCUGUAUGGUGAAAGUGACCUUUAACUCUUUACAGUUCACCUCGCUGUCACUGCAGCACUGACUUUCCACCACUCCUGUACGCAAUGUGGUUUCAGCUUUCACGCCUUUUCUGUGUCUCCAUAGCUCACCAGAUAAGAAGUCACUCUUUCACCCCUUUAGGGUUCAGAGCGCUUGUUGCCCUGCUGCUGCAGGAAGGGUUACCAUCUUUGACCUUAAAGCAAUGGUUUACAAAUAAUGUUUUUACUAAAAAUCUGUAAAUGCAUAUUUUGUUAUCAGAGUUAAAAAAAAAAAAGGUUAAAUGUAUUUUUCUGCCAACACAUAGAGAAAUUAACGGGUCUUUGUAGUUUGUCUGACAAGAAUAGUUGAAGGUUCCAGCUCCUUCACUAGUCUCCUUUUUGCUACUUCAUAAGAGGGACAAUGACUGUUUAGUUGUUUCGCAGGUAUAGCUUACCCUGAUAUUCUUUUUCCAUCCACCAAACACAAUUUUUUAACAAACAGAGUUAAAGUGAACUAUGUCAAGAUGGAAAUACAGCAUCAUUUGAAAGCGUCCAUAUUUUUCUAAGCAAAAACAUUUAAUAUGUUUUCAAUAUUUAAUGUAAUAUAAGGAAUGCAGCGUCCUGUCACCAGCUCAUAAACAAAUUUUUAAAAUGGUUAUGCAUCCUCCAAAAAAUGUAUUGCCUAUCCAUUGAAUAUACUAUCAACAUUAGAUCAUAGAGGGUCUGUCUCCUGGCACCCACAGCUGAUUGCCAGAGGUGCCCAGUGUUAAACCUUUGCUGAUCUAAUAUUCAUGGUCUAUCCUGAGGCUGAUUAACCCCUUAAUGUUGCUAAACAUGGAUUGUUUUGAGACAUAACAAUUUGUCCUCAAUAUCUGCUUAACACAAAGCUUAUUAAAGAACUUCUUGUUUAAAUUUUAAUCAUCUGUGUUAUUGGUUACUUUCAAAUAAAUGACAUUUAAUAAUACAAUUGAUACUAUUGGUU